AAAUGUGAGGGCGUGGUUAGAGGCGUGGUCAUAGAUUAACUCCCAAAAUGGCCGCCUGCGACCAAGAGCUUUUGAAUGGGGAGAAUUUAGAAGAGCAGAGUUUGGAAUUUGAAUCACUUUUGAGCAUUUUUGGCGAAGAAAUGAAGGUCAUAGCACCGGAGAAAGAAUUUCUUAUUGAUAUAAGUAUUCACUCAAGUGAAUCAUUAGAACUAUUGCUAGCGACACCAAAACUGACUGACAGCGAGACACCUCGACCGCCCCCUCACUUAACGAGAUCCACAAGCACUAAACCAGCUCUAGUGACACACCUCCCUCCUGUGUCACUCUACGUCCGUUACCACGACAACUAUCCAUCGACUGACCCACCCACCUUUCAUUUAAGUGCAAGAUGGCUCAACGAGAAACACUUGAAGACCAUCAGCGAGAAGCUCCGCCUAUUAUUCACGCCAGGUUGGCCUACAGUGUAUAACUGGGUCACGUACAUAAGCACUGAUCUGUUAGCUGAAAUAGAGGAAGGAGGAGGGAGGGGAACACAAGGGGAACGCCCCACGUCUAGUCAUCAUCUUUUCGUAAGGAGUAUAUCAGAGUUUAACGAUGUCGAAGAGUACGACAAGUUUGAGAAUCAUAAGCAGUUUCUGGCGGAGAAGCAUUCCUGUGCUGUGUGCUUCGAAGAGAAAUAUGGCGACCAGUUUGUGGAGAAAUGCGACGAGUGUAAAGAUGAGAGCAUUCUUUUUUGUGAGAACUGCGUCCGUGGACACUGCGAGAUGCUGCUAGCCGAAGGAAGAGUUACAAGCUUCAGUUGUUUAAGUACAGAUUGCAGUAAAGCACUUUCAGAUACACUUGUUCAAUCACUACUCACUCCUGAUAAAUUUAAAAGGUAUCUCGAAUUGAGAGAGCAGGUAUCUCUAGACUCAAUACCUGGGAUGGUCUUUUGUCCGAGGAGUGCUUGUGGAUCCCGUAUCAUCUCCGACCCACAAUCAGACCUUGCACUCUGCCCUCAGUGUAGCUUCCCUUUUUGUAAACGUUGUAGACAGACCUGGCAUGGGAUUGAGGAAUGUGCCUUCAUUGAGAAAUCAAAAGCAGUCGAAGUUGAAGAUACAGAAAUGGAAGUUAAAAGAAAGCCAAAAGCAAGAGAUGAGGAGAGGAGGCUAGAGGAACUCAAAUCCAUUAUUUGGAUGAAGUCUCAUCGUAAUGUACGUGAGUGUCCCACCUGUUUGACACUGAUACAGAAAAUUGGUGGCUGCAACAAAAUGUCAUGUUGGAAGUGUGGCUCUGGCUUCUGUUGGAUCUGCAUGCAGAAGAUAUCUGGGUAUAGCCACUUUGAAUUACAAAGCACCUGCAAUUUAUUUCGUGACGAAGACUACCUUCCUCCACAGCCUGAACAAGAAGACAAAGAAGCAACCGAUGCCACUAACGAUGUCCAUCAGAUAGUGAAAGUAACUGUUCUAGAAAACCUGUUGGAGUCAGCUUGCCCACGCUGUGGACUGAUUCAACAGAAGCUAGGAAGGAAUAACUGGGUCAAGUGUAGACGCUGUCAAAUGCCGUUUUGUCUCCAGUGUCGCGAGCCAUGCUACGGGCGCUAUCAUUUCAGCAGUGAGUAUGGCUGUAAAGAAUUUACCACUUUCAGGGAAGACUUGGAUAAUUUCCGCAAAGACCGCAACGAAGAAAAUGAAGAGUCAACUGAAGAUUAAAUUUUUAUAAAACAGUCUAUAACUUAUUUACAUUUUAAAUUUUUUAUACCAAAGCUAGAUCCAUUAUGUUGAUUUUUCACUAAUUUUUUUCUUGUUUUUUUCUGCAAACAGCAACUUACUAAGCAAUUAUA